CUUGUUUCUCGAAUAUCCUUCAAGACAUCCAAGCGUUGCUGCAUGUUCAAUAACGUAUAUUUCCUUCUUGGUGGCAUAAUAUUAAUAAAUUUGAAUCGGCCUCUUACAAAAAUCCUCGUACAAUAGAAUUCUAAAGGUUGAAGCCGUGAAAAUAACAGGCUGUCAGAAAAGGCGCGCAUUGGAGAAUUCAUAACAUUUGCAAAAAUGAGAGGUGUAAUCCCAUGGAGAAGUGCAAUUAUGCAGUGAAUUUAAAAAUUAAAUUAAGUUCUUUAAUCAUAGACGAGAGUCUAGAUUAAUAAGCUCUUGUAUUUAUCAUAAAAAUUGUAGAUUAACAAUUCUUCGUAAUGUUCUAAUUCAAAAGUUAUUGAUUUAGGUUACUUCUAUUAGGUUGGUUUAAGAAUUAUAUUUUUAAUAAUUAUCUAAUAUGGAAACCGUUGUAAAAACUUCCUGGUUAGAACUCGCGGAUGAAGAAGAUGCUCUUCUUAAUGAAGCCAUUUGUAUGAGUUCAAAUGAACUUGGUAAAAUAUUAGAGUCGAACAAAGAAAGCACAAUUGCUCAAAAUUCCUUACAACCACAAUUGCACGAAGAUGUUACUAUGAGCGUUACAACAAAUAUUAAUACAAAUGUAUUUACAAAUCAUUCAUCCAACAUACAAUAUGAAGAUAAUGUUAAAAAUAAACUAGAAGACUUGUACUGUUUACGCAAGAGAACUAGAGAAAAUAGUACAUACAAUGAAGAUACAAAAGUUUUUCGAACUCGACGUAACAGUGACUCUAGUUCUACUACGAACUCUUCUGACAGUAGUAAAAAAUGUGUAGAAUAUGAAACAGAUCCUAUAGUAUUGGCACGUAGACAAAAAGAAAUAGAUUAUGGAAAAAAUACCAUUGGAUACGAUAGAUACAUUCAGGCUGUGCCUAAAGAAAAACGUACAAGGGAACAUCCAAGAACACCUCCAAAGUAUAUUAAAUAUAGUAGAAGAGGGUGGGAUGGUAUGAUAAGAUUGUGGAGGAAACAGCUUCAUCAAUGGGAUCCUCCUGAAGAUAACAAUGCUGAUUGAAAUAAAAUUGAAACUUUAUUUUGUUACAUAAAUAUUUAAUUUUGUAAUACUAUUUCUGGUUCCAUGUCAUUGUGGUUCCUCCACAUAUAAAUAUUAAGUCAAAUGUAGUG